AUGUCAAAAAAUUUCUCAGCUGUAGACAGGCACUUCCAAAGGAGGGACCACGUCUUUGUGAUUGAUAAUUUGAAACGUAUCUUGUCAAGCAUGGGCAAAAAAGGCUUCAAUUCUUCUUCACCUCCUCAUGAUGCUUCUUCAAGCAGAGGACGCAAGAAGAGAAUUCGCAAUGCUAGAGGGCAACAUUUCUCAGGGGUUAAUCACAUGAUGCACCACUCCCAAAGUGUUAAUCAAGACUCACACCUCAAAUGGGCACAUCAUGAAAAUCACAAUAGGGUUGAGGUUGGAAGGUCUAGCGAUGUACCCAAAGAAGAGAGUUCUAAUCCAAUGCAAGGGGAAAUGAGAUUUGAUGACGUCUCUUUCCCUCACAAAAUGGAGCCUAUUAAUGCAGAUAACCCAGCUUUUGAGUUCAUUUCUUCAGGUAAAGAGGAAAGCAUUUUUCAUGAGAGUGCUAACUUUAACAUGGAUGAUAAUGGGUCAAACCCCCUGGCUGAAGAAUUUGAAUUUCAACAAGUUCAGAAUAGCCCAGCCGAUGAUCAAUUUCUUGAAGGUGUAGGGCCCAUACCAGUUGUGCGACCCCUUCAGAAUUUGGUAUCAAUCGAGAAUUUUGUUUGUCAAAUUCUUGGGAAUGGAGUGAACCAAAGUAGGCGGGAGUUUAUCAUCUGA